AUGGAAGCCGUUAAAUCACCAAAGAUUCUGCAGAAGUGGUUUCCCCACACGACUAGUCCCUUCAUCGCGAACGCCCCGAUGCUCGGAUUCUCGGAUUGCGAGAUGGCGAACGCCGUCAAUAAAGCUGGUGGCCUAGGCUUCAUCGGCGGCGGCUUCGAUUUCAAGCCCGAAUCAACGCAGCUAGCAGAGCUAGACAAAACCCUAUCAAAAGCCCGUUCAAUUGCAGGAAUCACAUCUCCGACAGAAGCCUUGCCUAUGGGCGUUGGCUUUAUUACAUUCAGUCCCGCUGGAUUCGAAAAUGCCGUCACUAUCUUGCAAAAGCACCGAGUAGCCGCAAUCUGGCUCGCAUUUCCCAAGGCAGAUAUUGACCACGGAUCUCUCGUGCAAAUGAUUCGAGACUCUCAAAAGCAGAGUGGCUGGGAGGCUAAGAUAUUUGUACAGGUUGGUACUGUACAAGCAGCUAAAGAGGCCAUUGAUGAGGGCGUGGACGUUCUCGUUGCGCAGGGUACUGAUGCGGGUGGACAUCAAUGGGCGCAGGGGGCUGGUCUUAUGUCACUUCUGCCGGAGGUGCGUGAUGCAGUACGUGCGAAGUCUGCUUCUGAGAAGAUUGCUAUUUUGGGGGCCGGGGGGAUUGUUGAUGGGAGAGGGUGUGUUGCUGCUUUGGGGCUUGGCGCCGAUGGAAUUGUUAUGGGAACAAGAUUCGUCGCAACUGCAGAGUGUCCUGCAGCAGAGCAGAUAAAGCAGGCAAUCGUCUCGGCCACCGACGGUGCUAUUUCGACGGUCAAAUCGGUUCAGCAUGACAUAUUUCAAUCCACCGAUGUUUGGCCCGCACAAUAUGAUGGAAGAGCUGUGAUUGGAGUUAGCUAUACUGAUUCCCAAUCGGGUGUUACCAACGAACAGGUCAUCCAGCGGUAUAAUGAUGCUAGAAAGAUGGGACAGGACCAUCGGCGAACAGUAUGGGCUGGUGCGAGUGUUGGAGUUAUUGAUGCUGUCGUUUCUGUGGACGAGCUGAUUAAAGGUAUACAGCAAGAAGUAAAAGAGGUCGCGGCAACAGUUUUGGCAAAAAUCUAG